ACAGCACGAUGACGUCAGCCUCUGCUGCCGGUCAUGCGGUCCGUGUAUGGGAACCUAAAGUGCCGUAAAGUGACGCACUUCCGGUAAUGUGAGAGUCCUCUUUAGUUCUUGUGCUGUGGCAGAGAGAGUGAGAGAUAGACGGCGGUGGAAGACAUGGCGGCUGCCGGGAGCAAGUCUGUGCUGUUUGUGUGUCUGGGCAACAUUUGCCGAUCUCCAAUAGCAGAGGCCGUGUUUAGAAAGUUGGUAACAGAUGAAGGAGUAUCCCACGAGUGGAACAUAGACAGUGCUGCCACCUCUACAUAUGAAAUAGGAAACCCCCCGGAUCACCGUGGUCAGAGCUGUAUGAGGAAGCACGGCGUAGAUAUGAAUCACACUGCCAGGCAGAUCACAAAGCAGGAUUUCCUCUCCUAUGACUAUAUUCUGUGCAUGGAUGAAAGUAAUCUAAGAGACUUGAAACGUAAAUGUAGCCAAAUACAAAACUGCAAAGCAAAAAUCGAACUGCUGGGAAGCUACGACCCCCAAAAACGACUCAUCAUUGAAGAUCCAUAUUAUGGCAGCGAUGAAGACUUUGAGACCGUCUACCAGCAAUGUGUUAGAUGCUGUAAAUCCUUUUUGGUGAAGAGUUCCUAGUAUUACAUAGAAGUAAUGACGUUAAAGCUGUGUGCCAUGGCCGUAUCUGUUGUGUUAUGACAUCACAUUCAUCUUUUAGUCUCGUAUUUAACAAUGGAACAAGAAUCGAUCUAUAAUGAAUACCAUGAUGUAAAAAGGAACCUGACAUGUUUGAAAAAGCAGUCCACUUUGCAGGCAUCAUGUCGUAGAGCAGAUUGAUAUACAUUUGUAGUUUAAAAAAAAAAAAAAAAAAAUAUAUAUAUA